AUGGCUGCUUAUGAUAUCAUUCUGUGCUGCGAUUAUCACUCUGCUCUGCGACAGGUGGGUCUUUUGCUGCGCAGAUCCAUAAACGGAUCUUUGCUUACUACAAAGACUGCACCUGACACACGCAAGUACGAAGGUAAGCAUGAUAUGUAUACGUUACCUUCCCUGGUAGUACAACCUGAGGGGUUAUCGAUUUUAAAUUCGUUUGAAGGAUUUGAAGCUCUUGGGAGAGACUGGAUCUAUUCAAAUAACCAAAACAUUCUUGAAGAUCUGUAG